GGCACGUGAACGUCGAUCACUUGUACAUUUCACUUCCAUGUGUAUGAUUGCGAUUUUUACGAAGUUUCAAAACCUUGCUUUCAAUGGCUCUACGUUGUAAUCCUGGUUACUUAGAAUGUAUAGCGCUGAAGGAAUGCACARAAGAUGUGUCUGGUCACUUGGGUUGGUUAAAGUUACGAUCAGAGGAUCAGAUUGAUUGCGAAAUUAAAUUACUUCUGGCUAGAGCAGUAAAUUUCACUUUAUUAUAUUCGAUCGAAGGAAGACGAACAAAUUACGACUUAUAAACUCUAUGUUAUCAUGCCCAAGGCAUUUUUUCAGUGGAAGAGGCUCACAUGCAUAUGACAAUCUGCCCAAAGCAUCGAGCCGAGUAUGGUAUUCGGUGGAGAAGCUGCAAGAUCAAUUGCACUGUCCCUGAAGAAGAAUUGGCUUUGCACAAAUUUGGUAAAGCAAAGGGAAGUGAUAGAGUCAACAGCAGGCAUUCUGCAUUUAUCUUGAGAAAAACGAAGAAGUUAAUUGCUGUGGGAUCUCCAAUGUGUCGCCGCUGUAAUCAGUACAUUACAAGUCUCGUAGAGGAUGCGCCGCAAGGAGUAUGUCCAACAGUUACUGUUAAGCCACCAGAAACGCUUUCCGAAGUCAAGGACUCAACAGAUAGCGAUGUCUCAGAGGGUUUGACCGAACAGUUUUCGAAACUUGUAGUGAGAGCGGAACAUGACGAAACAUUUCUCUCUCCAGAAUCAAGUAGUAUGGCCUCGUCAAGUGAUGCAGACCAAGCCUUGAAGGUGGAAGACCCACGUGAUAAACUGAAUGAAUUUCUUUGUUCUUGCAAUAUUUUGCCUGUUGAGAAAGCGUGGAGUGAAUGGAACGAAGUUAGCGAGAAAACGAAAAAGCGAUAUACCAAAAAGGCUACYGAAGUUGUGUCCUCGGUGUUGAAAACUCUUUAUCCGAAUGAUACAUCGUCUCUCUGGUUAGCAUUAGUCGCUUCUCCUGACAUGAACAAGGCGCUGGCAAUUGAUGAUGUGCCCCAUUCAACCAAGAACUACUUAGAAGCCUUGGCGGAAGCUUAUAAUAACGCUGAGAGAUGGGACACUCGUAGGCAGAUACUUUCGAUAUUUUCAGGUGUAGCUGACUUUCAGACCAUUUCAAGGUAUUUGCCAGGGAUCACCAAGUACCGCUAUACUCUGGCCAACCUACGCGGAAAGCAGUACGGGGUUGGUGCACCUGUGCCACAUCAGACAACAACAACAAGAAUACGGAUAGACCUGAAACAGCUUGAUCAUUUUCUUUGUUUUAUCACCAGUCCUCAUAUUAUCCAGGACCUCCCAUUUGGCCAAAGGCGAUUAAAGUUAUCUUCAGGACAAGUUGUUGAAGUACCUAACGUGAUUCGCACCCUUAUACCCCAGAGAAUAGUACGUCAGUACUUACAGUAUUGCCAGGAGACUGGAUUCAAAGCUUUCAGUGAGCGUACGAUGCUAAGAGUUUUGUCUGAAUGCAGUGCAAGUGUUCGAGCAUCGCUUCAAGGGUUAAACUACUUUGCCGCGGAAGGUGCUCAAGCCUUCGAUGACCUAGUCACACUAGUUCACCAUAUCUGCGAACUUGGUCCCGGGAAGGAAUGGGAAAGUCGGGUGGUAGAAUCUCUCAAGGCAUCCAAGAUUUAUCUGAAAGGCGACUUCAAGACUCAUCUCAGUGAGACAUCAACCGUUGCUGACCACUGCAUCAUACGCUCUCUCAGCGAUCCCACAGACAAGGAUUUCCAGCAAAAAUGCAAAUACCACCAACACGAUGAGUUGUGCAGCCAAUGCGAAGGGCUUAAGUCCAUCUUAUUAAUUAGAUAUUACAAGUAGGGUCGAGGAAGCCACGUUUGCUAGCGAGGAAGAUAAAGAUGAGACCAUCUUCCUUCUAAAUUCAUCAAAACUGGCAAUACAGUCUUGGAAACGUCAUUUGCUUCGGUCAUCUCAUCAAGAUCAGGCCCGGGUAAACAUCAUAGAAGCACUUGAUCAUGAGUCUAUUUUGGUUGUCAAUGACUGGGCAAUGAAGUUUUUGCCACAAAAGUACCGCGAGUCCCAGACCAACUGGUUCGGCAAAAGAGGUAUAUCGUGGCAUAUAUCUGUGGUAUAUCGUCGUGUUGAAGGAGUGCUCCAAUGGCAAGGGUUUAUUCACGUGGUCCAGUCUUGUAGUCAGGAUAGCCUUGCAGUCGUGUCUAUAGUGCAGCACGUGUUGAAAACUGUCAAGCAAGAGCACAACGAGAUCAAGAAAGCUUUUCUUCGCCAGGAUAAUGCAGGUUGCUACCAUGCGGCAUACAAUCUCCUAUCAUGUCCAGAAAUCACAGCUUCCACUGGUAUCAAGAUCGUAAGGGUAGAUUUCAGUGACCCUCAAGGUGGGAAGGGUGCUGCAGACAGGCUGGCAGCAACCUGCAAGUCACAUGUUAGGAUUCACAUCAACGAAGGGAAUGACGUUACUACAGCCACACAGCUAAAGGAUGCACUGCUCUCCAACGGAGGAAUACAAGAUGUUCGAGCUGUUGCUAUUGAAACCAUCUCUCCUACGAAAAUUGAGUACSCCCAAAAGAUUCCAGGCAUAAGCAAGCUCAAUAUUUUCGAGUUCAGCUCCAACUCCAUCACAACGUGGCGCGCCUACGACAUCGGGAAAGGAAAAGAUAUUCGACUGGAAGAGCAAUCUACAGAGAAUUGUCACUCUUGGCUGCAGUGUAGUUUUUCAUCGGGUGACUUUAAACCAUUUAAAGACGACAAGUCUAAAGCUUCUGUGACGACACGUACAACAAAAGAGCCGCAGAUGAAUGUCUCCGAGCAGCCCGCGGAUACCAC